ACUCUUGCACACACACACACACACACAGGAAAACGACUUGCGAGACAUGCACGCGCAACUGUCAAGGGCGCGCGAUUGACGUACCAGAGAAACGCCGUUAUAUUUUAUUUAGGAUAUGUGUGUAUAGUCAAACAAACUACACUGUUUGUUUCAGUAGCGCAGUAAAAGCUUUGUUUGUUUGGAAAUGUUUCGGAAGAGAAAGGAGCUUUCUAAAACGCCUUCGGUUUCAAAGAAGCCUCAGUCAGGAAAUCCUGGAGCUCACUGCACCUCGCUCUCGGUUCUUCAGGAGCAACCUUAUAGGGACACUACCAAUGGUACAUCAACGCUGGCAGUGCCGGAUCCCACAGUUCUGUCCUCAUGUCCCAGCACUCCCAACGUCCAUGCUAAGCUCAUGGCUUCACCCACUGCCAACUUGAAGCGCUCUACAGGACUCAGUCGCCAUGCCAGCGCCGCCGGGUUUCCUUUUCAGACUGCCGGAACCUGGGGCUUCAACAGGAACCAGUCAAAGUCCUCCGACAGCGGCGAGGGGGCUGCCAUCGACGUGGAGGACAUCCCGCCUUUACUGAGGGACGUGGCACGCUUCGCGGAGGCUGUGGAGAAGCUCAAGGAUGUGGUGCUGUGUGAAGAUAAGGAGUCCCGGAGAGCGGUAGCACACGAGUAUCUGGGGGAGGUGUUGCGUAUCCUGCGGCAGGUGAUCAGCACCUAUCCUUUACUCAACACCGUGGAAACACUCACCGCUGCCGGCCGACUCAUCUCACAAGUCAAAAGCUUCAGUUACGAAGGCAGCAAUGAGGCGCAGAAGAAGGACUUUGAAAAAGCCAUCGAGACCAUCGCAGUCGCCUUCAGCAGCAAUGUAUCUGAACUGCUGAUGGGCGAGGUAGACAGCAGCACCCUCCUGUCUCUGCCUCCCACAGAGAAGAGCAGGUCUAUGGAGAACUUGUGCGGACUGCCUAUGGGACAGGGUGUGGAUGGAGGGAACCGAUGCGACCAUGACGACUGUAUGAUGAGCCCCGAACAGGUGGAUAUCCUCCUGCAGCACAGUGAAGGAGGAGUGGACUCAGCUCUGGGCUACGCAAAGGCCAUCGCAAAAUACAUGAAAGACAUCAUCACCUACGUGGACAAGCGCAUCGUACUGGAGAUGGAGUUUGCUAAAGGUAUACAGAGGCUGUAUCAAUCGAGCAAGCAGAGCUUUACACAGACCCCCAUGCCAUUGCUGUCAAUCUAUUCUCUGGCUCUGGAGCAGGACUUGGAGCAGAGUACGGGUGUGCAGCAGUCCAUAAACUCUGUGCUCACACACUCCUUUCUACAGCCUCUGAUGCAGCGUAAACAGGAACAUGAGAAGAAACGUCGCGAGGUUAAAGAGCAGUGGCAGAGGGCCAAGAGGAAACUGGCAGAUGCCGAGAACAACCUGCGUAAGGCACGCCACUGGUACCUGACCCGCUGCGAGGAAUACGAAAAGGCACGGCUGGUGGCAAAUAAGGUGGAGGAAGAGCACAGCGGAACAGGAAGUGGCUCCACCCACAAGACUCUGGACAGGAAGAGACGACAUGAAGAGGAAGCUCGCAACAAGGCGGAGGAAGCUGAGGCCACAUACCGCACUUGCAUCGCUGAUGCCACCACUCAGCAGCAGGAGCUGGAGGACGUGAAGGUGAACGUGUUGAAACAGAUCCAGGACGUCAUCAGACAGAGUGACCAGAUACUGCGUGCAUGCACCAUAUCGUACUACCAGAUCCUGCACAUGCAGACGGCGCCGCUGCCCGUACAUUACCAGACACUGUGUGAGAGCUGUAAGCUGUACGAUCCCGGCCAGCAGUAUGCUGCACAUGUCAAAAACCUGCAGCUCAGCACGGAGCGCGUCACCGUCUUCCAGUUCGAACCCUACUCCGCCUCAGGCACACAUCAUCCUGCUCGCCCACAUCCUGAUAACAUCACUGAUGACCAGCAGCACGGAAACACAGAGACUCCACACACCAAUGAACUGGUGGUGUCUGCAGAAGGGGGCGUGGUCAAGACCAGAAGAGCAGAUCGAGCUCAUCAGGCUCAUAAGUCCUGGCCCUCCACUCUGAGUGACACAGAAAGUGUAGGAGGAGGAAGUGGACUGGGUUCUCCUACAACCAGCUCAGGAGACGUCUCAAAGGCCCUGAGACCGGUGUCAGCCGGAACCUUGUCUUCCAACGAGGACAUCGAUGAGCAAGAUGGCAAUGUGACAUCUUUUGAACAAAGUAUGAACGGGAUUGAACCAGAGAUGACCGUGUCCACUGGGCCGUUCCGCAAUGUGGGUCUGUCCAAAGCCGCCAAGACACAUCGGCUACGGAAACUCCGUGCUCCGUCCAAGUGCCGCGAGUGUGACAGUUACGUGUACUUUCAGGGAGCAGAGUGUGAGGAGUGUUUUCUGGCCUGCCAUAAGAAGUGUCUGGAGUCCCUGGCUAUCCAGUGUGGCCACAAAAAGCUGCAGGGCCGGUUACAGCUGUUCGGCCGAGAUUUCUCCCACGUGCCGCAGGGUGACUCGGAUGGAGUACCCUUCAUCAUCAAGAAGUGCAUCCAGGAGAUCGAGAAGAGAGCGCUCAGGAUGAAGGGAAUAUACCGUGUUAAUGGAGUGAAGACACGCGUGGAAAAGCUGUGUCAGGCGUUUGAGAACGGCAAAGAUCUGGUGGAACUUUCUCAAGCGUCUCCACACGAUAUCAGCAACGUACUCAAGCUCUACCUGCGACAGCUGCCAGAGCCCAUCAUGCCGUUCCGCAUGUAUAACAAGUUAAUGGGGCUGGCAAAGGAGAGUAUGUACACUGACGGUCCAGACAGAGGAGAAGGUUCGAAAGGCCCUGAGCUGCAGGAUCAGGGAGAGCAGACCGACCCCAAGGUGCUCAACCUGGUAGAGAAACUCAGAGAGCUGCUGAAAGAUCUCCCACCAGGCAACAUCGCCACGCUGAAAUACAUAGUACAACAUCUGCACAGAGUGGCUGAGUUGGAGGACGAUAACAAGAUGAGCUUCAGUAAUCUGGGCAUUGUGUUUGGGCCGACCCUGAUGAGACCCAAACCCACAGGUGCCACCGUUUCCCUCUCCUCCUUGGUAGACUACCCUCACCAGGCCCGCAUCGUCGAGGCCCUCAUUGUCUUCCAGGAUCAUAUCUUCACCUCUACAGUCUCCUGGACCACAUCCUCAUCCUCCUCGAACUUCACCAUCCAGGGCCAGGAGGGCACUGAUGGAGCUCAAGAGGUGGAGGAGGAGCAGAGCAGGUUGGCCUCAGAGCAUGACUGUGGUAACUCUCUGGGUUCAUCCGGCUCCCGCGAGCGCUCUCUGGACUCGGACUCUGACGGAGAGGACAUGGGGAAGGUGAAUAAACGGCUCAUUCUGGUGAGCCAGGUGAGCGAAACCAGCACCGAGGAUGACCAGAUAAGCCCCAGAGUGAGUCUGGACCUGAGCACGAUCGUCCCAGAGACCGUCCCCGAGCAGCCCAGUGACACGGAGGACUUCAGAGAAGCAGAUCCAGAAGAUCCGGUUGACCAGUAGAGAUCAGAAACACCAGUUCAAUCCAUCCAAUUCAGUCUGUAUUAUUACUACGGUAACAAUUAAUGCGAAAAGUGUCAAAAGCGAUGAGUCGAGUUACUCUCAGGUUAAUCAGCACACUCAAAGUCUUAUGCACUGAACCAUUAUUUUAAUCUUUCCUUUAAGUAUGGUUGUGUAAAUGAUGUUUUAUACACAUCCUUUCUAUUUGAAUGUUUUUAGGCACGUUUCGGUUUCUAUAUGGAGUGAAUGUAACCAAAAAUGAGUUGAUAAAAGUGUUGAUAAGAAUGCAAAUAGCGGUGAUGAACAGUCAGGGCACUUACCUUGUGAGAAAAUCUGAGACUUUGUAAAGUCUUAUUUCAUGUGUUCAGUUUUCAGGGGGAAAAUGUGAUGAUCAGGGAGGCGACAUUAGUGCAUACGGCUACUGAAUUUCCACACGAGUUCAGCUUUGGAAAAGAGCGCCGUGAAAUCCUAUAGCUUUCACACAACUGUGAUGAGUAUAAUCAUUUGUUAUAAACCAUUUAUAAAGCCUUCAUUAUUUUCUAUUAAUCCCCCACAAACACAAGUUAACCAGCAGGAAGGUGAUUAAAAAAAAAAUGCUUUUAAGUCAUUAGGGCAUGAGACUUAUUUAGAAUUAGAAUGAUUUUGCAAACAUUUAUUAUUUUAUCGAGUCGUUUAUUAUUUUCUUUCAUACAAUGGCCACCAGGGGGCGCCAUUACAUUUCAAAAUUUCAAAUUUAAUACAAAACUUAGUGAUGAGAGACUCCUUCAUAACGAUACUGUAAACAAUAUUUACUUACACUCUUAGGGAGAUAUAAAAAUUUUUACAUAUGGCUCAUUUUUCUUUAAGUUUAUUUAAAUCACUUUUUUUCGUUUGCAUUCUUCUGCAUUUCGGCCAACUUUCCCUUCAGUGCUUUUUCCCACCAAACCCAUUUCAUAAUGCUCUCAUGUGUUCUCGUGAGGUCAGACGUCUCCUGUCGGCUGAAGGACGGUGUUCUAGCACUCUACAUGCACUAGUAAGUAUUAACAGGCAGGUUGCCAUCUUUGAUGGCCGUAGCGAUACAGGGCGUAUAUAUUUACACCGAUCAGGCAUAACAUUAUGACCACUGAGCGGUGCCGUGAAUAAGCCUGAUGAUCUCCUCAUCAUGGCACCUGUUAGUGGGUGGGAUAUAUUAGGCAGCAAGUCAACAUUCUGUCCUCAAAGUUAAUGUGUUAGAUUCAGAGCAUGUCCAAAACUGCAGCUCGUGUGGAGGUGUUCCCGGUCUGCAGUGGUCAGUAUCUAUCUAAAGUGGUCCAAGGAAGGAACAGUGGUGAACCGGCGACAGCCAAGGCUCAUUGAUGCACGUGGGGAGCGAAGGCCGGCCCGUGUGAUCCGAUCCAACAGACGAGCUACUGUUGCUCAAAUUGCUGAAGAAGUUAAUGCUGGUUCUGAUCGAAAGGAGUCAGAAUACACAGUGCAGGACAGGUCAGGGAUUUUUUGGCAUCAAAAAGGGGGACCAACACAGGCAGUCAUAAUGUUAUGCCUGGUCUGUGUAUAGAUUGCAGCAGAAAUAAGGUUACUACUGAAACCAAAACUACAGCGCUGUACAGACUGAUAUUAUUCUUUUAUCCUUACACAGAUCUUUGUACUUAAAUUAUAUCGUUGAAUGUUCUCUUAUGUUAGAUGUUAUGUUGCUCCAUUUUCUUUAACAUUUCAUUCAUCUCAUUGACUUGAAUAUGGAACCAGUUGGGUAUAAUAAUAAUAAUAAUAAUAAUAA